AUGCAGAAUCAUCGCCCAAGAAUGAAAAUCGCCUCCAUUUUAGCCCUCCCAUUAGCGCUACUCGGGCUUCUCCACCCGAUUUCUGCGACAGCGAUCCCAUACACUCCCUCCCACGUCUUCAUUUCACCAUCGCAUAAUGACUCGCUAGCUUAUUUAAUGUUAACUGGCAAUUCCAACGGCCAAGACCAAGCGACAACCGCGUUCCUGUCGAUGAAUAUCUCCCAGGAAGUCGAUGCGGGUAUUUCCAGUUACACCACGCUUUUGGACCAGGUCCCAUUUCGCGGGGGCGAUAAUACCGCUGCAUUUGUCCCGGUGAUAGAUGACCACGGGAUUAUCAAGGUGUAUACGGGAGAUUGCCAGAAUGUCGCAGACCCAGGUGUGGUAUGGCAGUUCACGCCAGAUCCGGAUAGUGCGAUUGGGAAUGGAACUUGGGAAAGACUCUCCGUCGACAAGAAAGACAAAAACACAUACGGACCCAAUUACCUCGCAGCUGGAUUUACCUACGAGAUUACCGAUACGACAGACAGCGCUGUCUAUACCUUUGGUGGUAUGUGUCCGUGGAGCAACGAAACUAACACCAAUUGGGUUGCCGCAGCAAAUUACUCCCAUGACAUGAUGCUUUUGGAUCCAACGACUGAUAGAAAGACGCCAUAUCUAUUCGAAUCUGCUGGUGAACACGCACCACCGAUCGCAGAGGCUGGAUUUUCCAUUACCCCAUUGUUGCCCGCAUAUAGUGCUACCGCCGAUGGCAAGAUGCUACGGCAACAAGAUUUCCUGUUCAUUGGAGGCCAGACAGAAAAAGCCUUUCUCAACAUGUCUGAGCUUGCCGUAUACUCUUUGCCACACGACAGUUGGAGCUUUGUCGCUAUUGACUGGAGUCCGCCCAGUGCGAAAACAGAACUCGCCGUCCGAGACACAAAGGGUAUCAUCGAGCCACGGUCUGGUCAUACGGCUGUUCUCUCCCCUGAUGGUGACAAAGUAAUUGUUGUCGGCGGCUGGGUGGGAAAUACGAGCGUCUCUGCGCGUCCUCAAUUAGCGAUCCUGGAGGUUGGCUCGGCAUACGGAGGUUAUGGCCCAUGGACCUGGCAAGUACCUUCCUUAGAAGACUCUUUCCUGAGUGAUGGGUCCGGGAUCUACGGGCAUGGCGCGGCAAUGCUCCCGGGAGGUAUAAUGAUGAUUUCUGGUGGCUAUCGCGCCUCACAAAUGUCCAAACGAUCUACGAAUUCCCAGGUCUAUUUCUACAACGUGACGUCCAAUAGCUGGGCCACCUCGUAUACAAACCCCAACUGGGAGAUUACCAACGGUGCAUCGCAGGAUUCCAGCUCUCUUUCCAAGGCGGCCAAGAUAGGAAUCGGAGUGGGAGUUUCCGUCGGGGUUGUCAUCCUGUGUGCGAUUGGGUGGACGGGUUGGAAGUACUCUCGACGAUUCCGAUGGCGUCGAAAGAGGAAUAGUGAACUUCGAAAGUUAGCUCUGGGCGCGCAAAGAUCGCAUUUCUGGGGCCGCGAUGACCCCGAAAUGGCUAGUAGCAUCCACAGGCCCUCACUCAACUCCGACCGAAGCUAUCCAUGGGCUAGCAAUACGUGCAAUGGGAAAUCCAAGCGGCCUGAGGAAGAGGACGUUGCCAGGGCUGAGAUGACAGGGCUGUUGUUAGAUGGCUUGAGCUCGGCCAAAAACAACCGACAGAAAAAUAAGCCCUCCUACCGCUUCUCAGGGAGCAACCCUACUGGGAAUAUCCAUCCAAUUGAUGAGCGGGAAGAGGAUGAGGUUGAUGCUUCUGACAACCUUAUUGCGCGUGACCCCAAUCCGACUAGCCCGCAAAGGGGUCUUCUCGGUGGGAUUAACAUACCGGAUCCCCAUAUAGAAGCACCAUUUUUGACACCGCAGACCACCAAUGCCGAGCGGGCACAGGAGAAUACUCGUGCAGUAUUCGAAGAGCAUGCUUUUCUGGCCAGAUUUGGAAUUGAUGACGGCAGCACCGGUACUCCAGCUUCCUCGACCAAGGACCGACCACACUCGAGCCAGUCGAGCUCGCCUGGAAUGAUGAGGCUGGGUAAUGUUCGGAGAUCCCGGGCUACCGUUUUCUACAAUCCCACGUCUAUUCCAAACAACGGACAGUUCCCGAACGCAUCAGCCGUUGCAUCCACCCACAGCAAGGAAACCGCUUCCGCUCCUUCAGACAAACGAUAUUCAUCCGACUCCUAUUCCACGGCGUAUACUUCUCAGUCCCAGAAGCAGGCAGAAGGGGAGCACUUACUCCAGUCAGAACCAAAGCCGGUCUCUCCACUCGAACACCCCACCAAAGUUGCUGCGACUUUAUCCCAACCAAAAGGACCAAAAUCUGCCGACUGGAUCGGAAAUGUGAGACGCGUCCUAUCGGGAUCCAGAAAAUGGACCACGUCGGAUAAGCAUUCAUCAAGUGAUGACAAAACCCUUUCUACCCCGUUAACCUCGGGUCUUGAUCGCAGAAAGACCGUCCUUGAAUCUAAGAGGGUCUCUUUUCAAGAGCCAGACCAGGGAAUUGCCACCCCAAGACGAGCAGUCAGUGCAUCUGCAGAGCUCUUCCGUCGCAAGCAAGGUGCCGAGGAUUGGGGUUCCAGCCCUACUCCUCGGACGUCGCAUGAAGCCAGCGAAUCAGACGCCAUGCUCGAUCCUAACAAUAAGGAAAAUGUUCAAAGUGAUGAAGAAGACUGGGAUAUCGAAGCAGCUGCCGAAGGUCGUCGCGUCCAGGUUACCUUCACCGUUCCCAAGGAGCAAUUACGGGUUGUCAAUGCGAUGCCGGGUGAUCUAGAGAGUGUAUCUACGACUACUGCGUCUGCGUCUAGGGUCACUAGCGGGGGUACAGGUACCAGUUUUAGGACUGUGAGUACGUAG